GCGUUGCAGCAAAGAACGGUAUGUAAAAAUGAUUAAGAGAUAAUGUCAGUAUAGAAUAUCUUUGUAGGAAAGCUUUUAGUGUAUCAACACCACCUCUUGGUACCACGUGUAAAAUAUGUAUAUAGUGUAUGGUUUAAUAUUUGUUUUCUUCUGCAGAUGUAAAGUACUGCGUCACAGCUGACCGCUUUCCGCUGGACUCACGUGCCUUGUGGAGUCGUGAUGGGAUCCACCUGAGUGACGAUCUGGGGAUGCCGCUUCUCGCGAAGCUUCUGUGGCACUUCUCCUUUCAGCAGCUACAGUCACCUCUGCCUGUUACACCUCCGCCUGUGUCUCCUCCCAAGUCACCCCCGACUGUGAGACCCUUUGCUACCACCGUGGUUGUGAAGGGAGAGGUUUCACGUCCACGUCCCCUUGACCCCUUCAAGGAAACUGUCGUCGGACGUCGCGGAAAGCGCAGCCAACCUGAGUCCUGGGAUGCGCCUGAGGACUGGGAUCAGUCUUCCGUGCGGAUCCUUCCUCAUGAGGUUUGUGUGCCUCCUCUGGUCCUGAGGGAGUGCUUUGUCGUGCUAAACCCUAUCCGGUUUAGCACUGACAAGUUGGCUGCAAUGGAUCGCAUUGUUCCAUCCAACCUUGACGUCCCCAUGGGGAAUCGCUCAAAGAAACGGAAGGUGGCACAUGGAACCACGGCUGUGGUCUCCAAAGGAAAGAAGGCCCGCCUUGAGGCACUUCAAACUCCAGCAAGGAUUGCUAAACCUUCGAAGCUGGUACCUCCCCCUCGACCUGUGCCAGAAGCUGCUGUGCCAGCCACUCUGGAGGGCGUACCUCCUCCUCGACCUGUUCCAGAAGCUGCUGUGCCAGCCACUCUGGAGGGCAGCGUCUUUGUGCCUUCGAGCAAGGUAAUUUGCAUACAACAUGUGAUGAUUACACACAUUCAGUGAAUAGAGUGCGGUUCUCUAUUCUUUUGA